UUCAACUUUGAAAAAUGCGUGAAAUCCUGCACAUCCAGGGUGGCCAAUGUGGCAACCAGAUCGGAGCAAAGUUUUGGGAGGUGGUGUGCGCGGAGCACGGAAUAGAUUCCACCGGAAGGUACAACGGCGACAACGAUCUGCAGCUUGAGCGGGUGAAUGUCUACUACAAUGAAGCCAGCUGCGGGAGAUUCGUUCCACGCGCCGUGCUCAUGGAUUUGGAGCCCGGUACGAUGGAUAGUGUCAGAUCUGGCCCGUAUGGGCAGAUUUUCAGGCCCGAUAACUUCGUUUUCGGGCAGUCUGGUGCAGGGAAUAACUGGGCGAAGGGGCAUUAUACAGAGGGAGCGGAGUUGAUUGAUUCCGUGCUCGAUGUUGUUAGGAAAGAGGCGGAGAACUGUGAUUGCUUACAAGGUUUCCAGGUGUGCCACUCAUUGGGAGGUGGAACUGGAUCCGGAAUGGGAACUCUUCUAAUUUCUAAAAUCAGGGAAGAGUACCCAGACCGCAUGAUGCUUACGUUUUCUGUCUUCCCAUCUCCUAAAGUGUCAGACACUGUUGUUGAACCCUACAAUGCUACCCUCUCUGUUCACCAGCUUGUUGAGAACGCUGAUGAGUGUAUGGUGUUGGAUAAUGAAGCACUCUAUGACAUUUGCUUCCGAACCCUAAAACUCACCACCCCAAGCUUUGGAGAUCUCAACCAUCUGAUUUCUGCCACCAUGAGCGGUGUGACCUGCUGUCUCCGUUUCCCUGGUCAGCUGAAUUCAGAUCUUCGCAAGCUUGCUGUCAAUCUUAUUCCAUUCCCUAGACUGCACUUCUUCAUGGUUGGGUUUGCUCCACUCACAUCUCGUGGGUCACAGCAAUACAGAGCCCUAACUGUUCCUGAACUUACACAACAAAUGUGGGAUGCAAAGAACAUGAUGUGUGCCGCUGAUCCUCGCCAUGGGCGAUACUUGACGGCUUCAGCCAUGUUCCGUGGCAAGAUGAGCACAAAGGAGGUUGAUGAGCAGAUGAUCAAUGUUCAGAACAAGAACUCAUCUUACUUUGUUGAGUGGAUUCCCAAUAAUGUCAAGUCUACUGUAUGUGAUAUUCCACCAACUGGGUUGAAGAUGGCGUCUACAUUCAUUGGUAACUCCACCUCGAUCCAGGAAAUGUUCAGAAGGGUCAGUGAACAGUUCACAGCCAUGUUCAGGAGAAAGGCUUUCUUGCAUUGGUACACAGGAGAAGGUAUGGACGAGAUGGAGUUCACUGAAGCAGAGAGUAACAUGAAUGAUUUAGUUUCUGAGUACCAACAGUACCAAGAUGCAACAGCUGAUGAGGAAGGCUAUGAUUAUGAAGAUGAAGAGGAGCAGGAGGAAGCUUAAAUUUGACCUUUAUGUUGUAAUUUGACUGUUUCUUUGUGUUUAAACUGUUUCAUGUUGCUGUCAAAUGGUUCUUUGGGGAUUGGGUUUCAUAUCAUUGCCUGCUUGGCAUGUCUCAUAUUUGCUGUGGUUUUAUCUCCUAGAGUUGUGUUGGAUGUUCAA